AUGGCUUGCGGAGGUUUCAUGUGUUCCAGAAAUGUCUUGAUUCUACUCAAUCUUAUUUAUUUCUGUGUGGGAAUGAUGUUAGUGAUCUUGGCUGGAUAUGCAAAAGCUAUGGCAGUUAUAACCACCAUUCCUGUCAUCAGUGCUAUUAUUGCAUGUGGUGUCUUCCUUGCUCUCAUUGCUGUGGUUGGGUUGAUUGGUGCCAUCAAGCACCAUCAAGUCAUGCUAUUUUUUUACAUGGUCAUUUUGUUCUUAGUAUUCAUCUUUCAGUUCUCGAUCGCUUGUGCUAGUUUGGCUCUAACUGAUGAACAACAGCAGGAAUUUUUCAGAUUAGGCUGGAAAUUGGCUUCUGACGAUUUGAAAGACAGGACCCAGCAGGCAUUUCACUGUUGCGGCAUGGACAGAGAACAUCAGUUCAACAGCAGAACACCCUUUGAAUAUAGACAUCCAUUAUGUUCCAAGGUUUGUAAAUCUGACAUGAAUGAGACAUCUUGCUUGUGCCCACUUCCUGAUUGCUGGAGUGUCGUUGAACCAAAUUUGCAUCAACUAGUCAGAGCCGUUGGGGCUAUUGGAUUGUUCUUCAGUUUCACUGAGAUAAUAGGGAUAUGGCUGACGUUUAGGUACAGGAACCAGAAGGACCCUAGGGCUAAUCCCAGCGCUUUUCUAUGA